AUGCCACGACCGUUCGCUGUGGUUCCACCGCAAGCCCAGGUCCAGCCGGAGCCGUAUACGCUUCGUGUUUACUACCACGAGAUUCAAGACUUCAAGACACUUCUGAAAGCCUCCAAGAUCGGACCCGAGACAUAUGAGAAUUUACAUCCUAACGGUGAGUUUGGAAUCUCGAGACAAUGGCUAAGUGACGCGAAAGAUGCAUGGCUGAACACCUUCGACUGGCGCAUCCACGAGGAGCGCAUAAACUCCUUCCCAAAUUUCAUGAUGCGAGUACAUGACUCUGAGUGCGGAGACUUCGAUAUCCAUUUCGCUGCGCUCUUCUCUUCUAGAAAAGAAGCAAUUCCUAUUAUCUUCAUGCACGGCUGGCCGGGCUCAUUCAUGGAGUUCCUUCCGAUUCUGGAACUUCUAUCAAAAAAGUACACGCCAGAUACCUUGCCGUACCAUGUCAUUGUGCCGUCUUCACCUGGCUACGCCAUGUCGUCUGGCCCGCCAGUGGACAAGGACUUCACCUUACUUGAUGUAGCUCGGGUUUUGAACCAGCUCAUGGUUAACCUCGGAUUCGAAAACGGCUACAUUGCACAGGGCGGAGAUAUUGGCUCUAUGCUGGCUCGAAUCAUGUCUUUUCAGCAUAAGGAAUGCAAAGCGUUUCACACAAAUGUCUUUGUCCUUCUAGAUCAUGAGAUGCAAGACCCAAAGAUGCUGUCAGAGAGGGACACCAAGAAGCUAGAGCGGUCGAACGGGUUCCGCGCAGGCGGAUAUGGAUACGCUUUGGAACAAGCUACCCGGCCAGCGACCGGUGGCCACUUUGCUGCGCUGGAACAGCCCGCAGCUCUGCUCGCCGAUGUUGAGGCUUUUGUUGCCGUCGUCAGCACAAUGUUCACACGAUAG